AUGGGAGGAGCUGUUGAAAGUGGAGUUGGUAUUGCAGAUAAAACUUCUCCCAGGCGAGCAGAAAUCGAGGAGAGUCGUGCAGAGCUCAGGCUACGUUGUGAGAUUCGGGACAAAACGAAAAAAGAGUUGGAGUUUCUUUUGGAAGGCGGCGAUCCUUUAGACCUUGAGUCAGGGAAUGUUGCUUCAGUAAGUGGACAGUCUACCUCGUGUAUUGAACGACAUGCUGAUCAACUUGUGACUAGUGAAGCAAAAGGUAGUUUUGCAUUUACUGCAUCACCUCAUGGAGACUCUGUGGAAAGUAGUGGUAGACUUGGGACAAAUCCUUGUGAACCCAAUAGUGCAGAUAACCUUAUGUUAUUUGAUGCUGAACGUGAGUUAUCUGUGGGCAAUAGGGGAUCAUCACAUCCUAGUAGGAGUAACAUAGUGUCAUCAGAAAAGUUAUCUGAUGCUAGUGGUUACCGUAGAAUUGGGGAACAUGGGGAUUCAACUACGUUUGACCUCCACAGAAAAGCGUAUAAGAGGCGGUACAGGUCCCGCAUAAAUCGUGAUGGAACUAGGCCAAGUUCAGCUGAUGUAAAUCAAGCACAUGGCAGUCGUGGCUCUUCUUUACCUUCUUUUCAUGAACCCAAGGAUGCUAAAGGGUUCAUAUCUGAUGUAGAAAACCCAAUUAUAUUAUCAAAUUUGCGUUGUAAGUCUACCAGUCAAGUAGAUGAUACCAGUCACAAAAAUGGAUUGACGAAGAGUCAGCAGGAUAUUGAGUUAGAUGGCUUAAAGGCUGGAGAACCAACUAAGGACCUAACAGAAGGUCGUCCAUUGAAUUCAGCAUCAGAAGCUAUUGCUUGUAAACUACAACUCCAUGAUCAACAUAACCGGCAAUCUCUCUCGGAUGUUCCAAGAACUUCUAUUCAUAUGGAUUCAGAAGUACCCAAGACCAUUCCAGCAAUGGAAGGGGUGACUUUUGCGGAUAUCCAGUUUCAGCCAGGUGUGACUGCAAAAAACAUUGACAAUAAAUUUAGCACUCAGAAGAUGAAUGGUUUCAGCAGGGAUAAGGGUGAAGGAACGGAAAAUGAUGCUCAUAUCAGUGCCUCAUGCGGCAUGAAGGGAUUGGAUUCUGAGUCAUCUUGCACUAGAACCAGCAAAAGUAUUGAUGGAGCUAAUGAUGCUAAUACUACUAAAAUCAUAAGUACUGACCCAAAUGAGCUGAUUAAAGAUCAAAUCUCUGUAUCAGACAAGGUUCUAGUUCUUGGAGGUAAUGAGUCAGUGAAAGAAAAGGAAGUGAGUGCAAUUGGCAGUUUCACUCCUGUCACUGUGGAGAGCUCUGUUGCAUGUCAAACUGAGCAAGAGGAUGGAGUUAAACUCCAACCGGAGGAAGAAUUGAAUGAAAACGGACCUGCUUUGAAAGACGAGGUGAAAGACCCAACUGUUAAUGAAGUAAUGGGAGCUCGUAAACUUACUGAAUCAGACUCAAAGAGAAGAUCUGCUGACCCUUCAGUUGACCAAUCCGGCCCCAACGAUGACAGAUCUUGCUCCCUUAAGAAUCAGGAUUCUACUGAAAUCUCAAAUCCAGAUUUUCCGGUGGUUUCUGCUGCUCCCAUUGAGGCUCAGAUGUCAACGGGGUCUGAUCCGAAACUGACAAGAACAAUAGAUGAAGACUCAAUUUUGAAAGAAGCAAAAAUCAUAGAGGCAAAGCGAAAGAGGAUAGCUGAGUUGUCUGUUGCAAACUCCCCGAAGAAAAUCCGUCUUAAAUCACAUUGGGAUUAUGUGCUUGAAGAAAUGGCAUGGUUGGCAAAUGAUUUCGCUCAGGAGCGUAUUUGGAAAAUAGCUGCUGCAGCUCAAAUGAGUUCUAGGGCUGCUUUUACUUCUUGUGUGAGAAAACGGGAUAAUAGCUUUCACUUGGAGGCAAAGAAAGUUGCUCACUCCUUGGCAAAAUCUGUCAUGGAGUUCUGGCAAUCAGUUGAGGAGAAAAGCAAAGUACUGGAUCAGCAGGUACAAGGAGAAGAAGAACAUUCUGUUCAGGCCUACGCAAUGAGAUUUCAAAAGUAUAAAAAUUUCAAUGUUGUCUUCAACCCAGUUGAGUUGCCGCUAACACCAGAUGGAGUAUCUGAUAUGGGAACACUUGACCCCUCAUGGAAUGAAAAUUUGAUGGAAGAUAAUCUCUCCUACAGAGUCCUUCCAGGAACCAUGGAAAUCUACAGAAGUUCAGUCGAAGCACAUGUGGCCCAGUUCCAGAGAAUAGCGCCUGCUGUGAUAGAGGAAGUAGAAACAUCUGCAUGCAAUGCAGCUGCAGGCUUUGAUUUUCAAGAUAAUGGAGUGGUGGAUGAGAGGGAAACAAACACAUAUGACAUAUCAAUUGAAGAUAGCAAGAAUUGUGGAUUCGGCCAAAAGAAGCAGAAACACUUGAUGCACGCAUAUGGUGCCAGACCAUAUGAAGUCUCUGAUAUAUCACAAAUGCAGGAUGCUGAAAACAAAGUUGUGCAUCAAUCUGCUUUACUGGCCAAACGGCCAGGUGGCAAUCUUAGUGUGUCAAUCCCAACAAAACGUGUCCGAACUGCUUCUAGGAGAGCUGAUGAUCAGAGUACUCUGCAAGGGGACACACAUGCUCCAUAUAAUGUGGAAGUUGAAUCAGCUGUGAAGUUUGAGAAGCAAUUAGCAAUUGGAUCUGCGGAAGUAUUGAUGAGGCAUAAGAAGAAGAAGAAGAAGAAAGCAAAGCAUCUGAAUGCUGCAUAUGAACCGAGAUGGCAGGCUGAUUCUAUGAUUCAAAAUGAGCAGAGAGAUCACUUGAGGAAGAGUCAUCCACAUGAAUCUAAUUGCAGUAGUGGUUUAUUGGGUAAACCCAUGGCAAAGAAGCAGAAAACUAUGCGUCAGUCACAAGAUCACUCUUUUGAGAAUACUACAGCAUUUGGUGGUUCUGUACCUUCGCCAGUGACUUCCCAAAUGAGUAACAUGUCCAAUCCAAAUAAAUUUAUUAAAAUGCUUGGUGGACGGGAUCGGGGUAGGAAACAGAAGCUUCUGAAGAUGUCUGCUGGACCACCAGGUUCAGGAAGUCCAUGGACACUCUUUGAAGACCAGGCCCUUGUUGUCCUUGCGCAUGACCUGGGCCCGAAUUGGGAGCUCGUCAGUGAUGCUAUUAACAAUACUCUUCAGUUCAAGUGCAUAUUUCGGAAAGCUAAGGAGUGCAAAGAGAGACACAAUUUUUUGAUGGAUAGAACUUCUGGUGAUGGAGCAGAUAGUGCCGAAGAUUCUGGAUCUUCUCAACCUUAUCCUUCUACUUUACCUGGAAUUCCCAAGGGAAGUGCGAGACAGUUAUUUCAACGGCUGCAGGGGCCAAUGGAGGAAGAUACCCUCAAAUCUCACUUUGAGAAGAUCAUCAUUAUUGGUCAGAAACAACAUUACCACAAAACUCAGGAUCCAAAACAACUCCAGCAACCACAUAGUUCUCACACAAUUGCUCUUUCCCAAGUUUGUCCGAAUAACUUGAAUGGAGGACCCAUUUUAACCCCUCUGGACCUGUGCGACUCCACCAUUGCUGGGAAUGAUAUGCUUCCUCUUGGGUAUCAAGGGCCGCACUCUAGUGGAUUAGCCAUUCCAAAUCAAGGAACUGUGACUCCAAUGCAUUCUGCAUCUGGCCCCACUUCAUCAUUGCAAGGGUCCCCGUCUAUGAUAGUAGGCAGUAACUUCUCGUCUUCUUCCUCGUCUCUCAAUUCCUCAGUCAGAGAUGCUAGAUAUGUGCCUCCGAGACCUACACCAACUAUGACUGAUGAGCAGCAGAGGAUGCAUCAAUAUAAUCAGAUGCUCUCUGGCAGGAGUGUGCCUCAACCCACUUCUUCUCCUGGUGCUCUUCCGGGGGCCGAACGUGGUGGCUGUAUUCUUCCUGGUGGUAGUGGCCUGGGUUUAGUGAGUGGUGGUAGCAGAGGUAUGCCGAUGGCGAGACCUGGUUUCCAAGGGAUUGCAUCACCACCUGUUGUCAAUUCUGGAAGUAAAGUCUCCUCUGGUAUAUCAUCACCAAAUGUGCAUUCUGGAGUAGGCUCUGGUCCAGGAAGCUCGAUGUUGAGGCCUCGUGAAGCUUUGCACAUGAUGAGAGAUUCACAGAAGCCAAUGAUGCCUGCUGACCUUCAAAUGCAGGCUCCACCUGGAAACAGCCAAAUGCCCCGGCACUUAAGUCAGUUGAGUUCCCCUUUCCCUAACCAGACUGUAUCUCCACCAGUGCCAUCAUACCCUCUUCACCACCCAUUAUCUCCCCAGCAGCUUCAGGCCCUUAGUCCACGUCAUCACCCACAUUUCCCAGGAUCCACUGUGAAUCAGACCUCCAGCCCUCAGCAGCAAGCUUAUGCAAUGCGCCUGGCUAAAGAGAAAAAGCAGCAAAAUCGUAUCCUACAACAGCCACAAAGCAACGCAUCAAAUUCUGUGACCCCCCAACACACUAUUCACCCACAGCCCCAACUUCCGUUGCAAAGUAAUCUGCAAGUUCAGCCUCAGACAGGCUCCCCACCAGUGUCAAUUUCCCCAAUGAAUUCAUUGAAACAGCAAGCUCCUGCCCAGGGAGCUGCACGUAAUGCACCAGCCGGCGGAACCAGUCAGACCAGCAAGCAACGUCAAAGGCAGCAACAGAACCAGUUGUCGCAAGCCAACAGGCCACAUCCUCAACAGAGGCAACAAGCGCAAUCCCAACAACUGGUUAAUAAUAAUGUGGCUAAGGGAGCCGGGAGAGCGAACUUGGUGGCGCACCCGAAUAACAUGAUCGACCGUGCCCUCGUAAACGGGGUUUCUACAAGUCCGGUCCAAUUCGUGCCUGCACAAAAACACCAUCCAGGUCAAGGUUCGCAGUCGGCGAAGAAUUUACAUUCAUUGUCUAUUACAGAUAAGAGCAAUUUAGGCCAUGUCCCGGUAGCUGGUUCGAACCACCAACAGAUGUCUCACCAAAAGUUGGUGACAAAUAAUCAGUUGCCUAAUCAAAGAGUGGCACAACAGCCGAAUAAAUUGCAGACGAGAGAUCCUAGUAGUGAUCAGAAUCCAACGAGCAGCUCGUCCGAGAUGGAUAAAGUGACGACAUUGCCCCAGGCCAGAGGCAGUGCAAGUGCCACUCAGUGGCAGGGUUCAGAACUGUUAUUGGAUCAAACCACUCUAAAUUCUGCCAAAAAUAUGAAUUCAGGUGGGUCAAUGCUUUCAAAAGCUAGUGCGUCAGCCACUCAGAACUCCCAGCAGCGCCAGCUGUUGCCACAACAUUCACAGCCGCAAGGGGAGCAUUCGCUUGGGAUGUCGGUGUACAGUGAAGCUUGUGGGCCGGAUUCGUGUUUGGCUAAGAUUAAAAGUUCUCUUGCAAAUUAUGAGAGGGCACUGGGCAGUUCGAAUUUUGCGAAUAUUGUACAUUAG